GAAAAGAAAAAAAUAAUAAUUAAACUACAAAAGAUCCACCGAAAAGUCCAAAAGCAACGUCAACCCAGUGGCUUUACUACACCAACCAGAAAGCUGAAAACAGUAUAAUCGCUUUGAAUCUCAUCUCUCUAUUCCUAUUCUUCUUAUUACCCACCAGGACUAUUUUGCCAAAGAAGUGUAAAACACAUCCAGAUAAUGGGGAACACUGAAUCAAUGUCGGAUGAUACUCAGGAUGAUUAUUUAAAUCAGCCCCCUUCAUAUUCAAAUAAUCAACCCCCUUCAUAUCCAACUAAUAAACCCCCUUCAUAUCCGAAGAAUCAACCGCCUUCAUAUCCAAAUAAUCAACCCCCUUCAUGUGCCGGAAGUUCAAUGGAUCCUACCUAUCAAAUAAAGCAGCAAAGUCUUUGCAUAGCGGAUAAUUUCAAUUCCUUGGAUGAGGUAAUCUCGGCACUAAGAGAAGCUGGCCUUGAAUCAUCAAAUUUAAUACUUGGUAUUGACUUCACAAAGAGCAAUGAGUGGACAGGCAAGCAAUCAUUUAACAGGAAAAGCCUCCAUGCAAUUGGUAACACACCUAACCCCUAUGAGCAAGCAAUCUCUAUAAUUGGCCGCACUUUGUCUCCAUUCGAUGAAGAUAACUUGAUACCUUGUUUUGGAUUUGGUGAUGCAUCAACGCAUGAUCAAUAUGUGUUCAGCUUUUACCCUGAUCAUCGAUACUGCAACGGAUUCGAGGAAGCUCUCUCACGAUACAGAGAAAUUGUUCCUUACAUAAAGUUAUCAGGUCCUACCUCAUUUGCACCUAUAAUUGACGCUGCAAUUGAUAUUGUGGAGAGAAGCAAUGGGCAAUAUCAUGUGCUCGUCAUCGUUGCAGAUGGACAGGUUACCAGAAAUUCUGAUACACCGCCUGGAAGAUUUAGUUCACAAGAACAGGCAACUGUCAAUUCUAUAGUUGCUGCAAGUCAAUAUCCGCUUUCAAUUAUCUUGGUUGGUGUUGGAGAUGGACCAUGGGAUGCAAUGAAACGAUUUGAUGAUAACAUUCCUCAACGUGCAUUUGAUAAUUUUCAGUUUGUAAAUUUCACAAAGAUCAUGUCUGAGAACACAGACAUGGAAAAGAAGGAAGCAGCUUUUGCCCUCGCCGCUCUCAUGGAAAUUCCACUUCAAUACAGAGCUGCACAAAGCCGUCAGCACAUGGAUAGAAAUACGGGAGGUCCACGGACAACGCCUCUGCCUCCUCCGCGUGCUGUGAUAGAUCAUGAUAAUGCGGUUAAAUCAAUCCCACACAUGACAAACUUCGAACCAAUAGACCAAACACCAGUGGAGCAGGUGUGUCCCAUUUGCUUGACAAAUCCUAAGGAUAUGGCUUUUGGAUGUGGUCAUUUGACAUGCAAGGAUUGUGGUGUGACCAUUUCAUCUUGCCCUAUGUGCCGGCAGCCCAUAACAACUCGCAUUAGACUCUACUCUUGAAAGGGAAUGUGAAGCAACACUCUGCCCUCUACAGUUAUUCUGAGACAAAAAUUAUGCAAUAUUUUGGUUACUUCUCUAGUUUGUUCUUUGCGCAAGUCAUACUUGUGGUUGUGUUCAAGGUAAGGUGUGGAGAGUUUUUAAUGUUGUUGUUAGUAUACUUUUCUGUGGGAAAAUUGUCCAAUUCAUUUUGUAAAUUGAUUUGGAUAUUCUGCUGCUGCUUCUGAUUGGUAUCUGCCAGGGUUGUAUUUAAAGCUCUCUUCUUUCACAUACUUGAGUCCCACAAUCUAGGGCCAUGAAUGUUGUUGUAAUCUUAAGGAAUGUCAAUAAUAUGAACUAACAUAUUUUUUCUCUA